GCUACCGUCGGUGACCUCUGCCUAGUGUCUAGCCAUCUAUGUAAAUAGCACUUCCUAAGGCAAGCGGUCUCCAGGGAACUUGUUUGGUUUGAUGAUUACGUCUUCCCUGCCGAGGUUCUGAUGUAGGAGAACUCGGUGAAUGUGAUCGACCAGAGGAAUCAGGUCACAGAAACAUACGCGACUGCAGACGCUGGAACGGGAAGCCACAAACAAUUUACUCAGUGGGUUAAGCAGUGUCUGUGGAGAGAAUUGGACAGACAACAUUUUGGGUCAUUCUCAACCUAAAACCUCAACUAAGCAUUUUGUGCUAAAGGGUUGCUCGCAGAUAGAAGAGGAACAAUGACCACUGCUUGAGAAGAACUGGUUGGUUGCGACGUUGUCUGAUUGACAGCCACUCUGGACCCGAGAACUGAACAACUGAUGAUCGACUAGCAGACUUUUGUACUGGAACAAUGUAUUUGCAUUAUUUUACAAAACUGGGUAAACCAUCAAAACCUAUAUUGGAAUUUUUCUUAAGAAGGACGUCUACAUUAAAGAAGGAUCUGCCAACCUUAACGUUGUUUACCAAGGAUUCUUGCACACUUUGUGAAGAAGCCAAAGAGGUUUUGGAGCCAUACCGACACAGGUUUAUCCUCCAGGAGGUGGACAUCACCGUUCCAAAGAACUCCGUCUGGUUUGAGAGGUACAAAAAUGAUAUUCCAGUUUUCCACAUGAAUGGACAGUUUCUGAUGAUGCAUCGAGUUAACUUGAAGAUCCUAGAAAGAAAGCUGGCCAAACUAGAACAGGAAUGUAACCAAAUGUCAUAAAAGUCAGAAGUAUGAAUCACAGCAAGAAAAAAAAUCUUUUUUUUGUUGGCUUGAAUACAUUACUGAUUUGUAAAUGAUUUGAAAUUAUUUUCUAUAUUAGAUACUGCCAGUGAAACUAACUUAUUUGUGAAGGAUGUAAACCAUUUAAAAUAACAUUAAAAAGGCAAUG